AUGGAGUAUAUGACGCGAUGUCUGAAGGAAGGGCUGAGGAUCCACGCAGUCGCUCCCUACGUCAGUCGGAGACUGGUACACCCAAUGGAUAUUGACGGGAAGAUCUUCCCCGCAGGAACAGUCGUCUCACUGGGGUUGUGGAACAUUCAUCACAACCCGGAGGUGUGGGAGGACCCGGAAGUCUUUGAUCCUGAUCGGUUUCUGCCCGAUAACAUCCAGAAGAAGGACCACUACGCAUAUGUCCCCUUUUCAGCUGGCCCGAGAAACUGCAUCGGACAACAUUUCGCCCUCCACGAGCAAAAGGUCAUGAUAGGAAGAAUUCUUCAAAGAUACAAUCUGGAGGUAGAUACAAGCCACCGAGCAGGCCGGAAGGAUGCCGGUAUUAUGAAGGCCACUGAAGGACUGUGGGUGUUCGCAAGGCACAGACACUGAACAUUC